AUGGCAAAACUUGUUACAGUGAAAACAUUAUUUGCAAUUGCUGCUGCAAAGUCAUGGAACUUGGUUCAAUUAGACGUUAAUAACGCCUUUCUAAAUGGAGAUUUAAAGGGAGAGGUUUACAUGGAUUUGCCACCUGGACUCAAAAUUCAGGGGGAACAUAGUUCCAAUCAGAAACUAGUAAUGGGUUUGGCAUUACUUGUAUAUGUCGAUGACAUAUUGAUUACUGGAUCAUCUACCAAGGAGAUUGACUCAAUUAAACAUAAGCUCAGUGACAAAUUUAAGCUCAAAGACUUAGGAAAAUUGGGUUAUUUUCUGGGUCUUGAAGUUGCAAGAUCUAAAGCUGGCAUCUUUGUAUCUCAAAGGAAUUACACGCUACAGCUUGUUGAAGACAUGGGAUUGUUAGGAUCUAAACCUACUAACACUCCUUUGGAUCCAAGAGUAAAUUUGCAUGGUGACAUGGGUGAUGUGUAUGAUGAUUCUUCUCGAUAUAGAAGAUUGAUUGGAAGACUAUUAUAUUUGAACAUCACACGUCCAGAUAUUUCUUUUACAAUUCAAAAAUUGUCACAAUAUGUUUUUUCUCCAAGAGUUCCACAUUAUGAUGCAACAUGUCACCUAGUUCGAUACUUGAAGCAAACUCCUGGUCAAGGCAUUUUUUUAUCGUCAAAUUCAACAAUGGAUUUACGAGCAUUUUCUGACUCAGAUUGGGGCAAAUGCAUGGAUACUCGUCGAUCAGUGACCGGCUAUUGUGUGUUCCUUGGGGAUUCAUUAAUAUCAUGGAAAUCCAAAAAGAAACCAACUGUAUCUCGAUCUUCUGCAGAAGCAGAAUACCGAGCGAUAGCAUCAACCACAUGUGAGUUGAUUUGGUUAAAGCAAUUACUUAAAGAUUUUGGAAUCAAUCAUGAUCACGCUGCUUUAUUAUUUUGUGACAACGAUUCAGCUAUUAAGAUAGCUAAUAAUCCAACAUUUCACGAAAGGACGAAGCACAUCGAAAUCGAUCUUCAUUUUGUACGGGAUAAAGUGGUUGACAAAUUUCUCAGAUUGAUGCCAUUUCGUACAAAUUUCCAUCUUGCAGAUUUGUUUACUAAAGCAUUACCAACUACCAAAUUACGCAGUAAUGAGAAAGUUUUUCUCAAAUUUGGGCUUACCAAAUGA